UCUAUAUAAACAACUCAUGCCAACAAAACAAGACACACAACAAAGAUAGUGAACAUGAAAAGAAAAAUUUUGCUUAUAGAAAAUGAAGCAUCGAGAAAAAGAAGCUUCAUCAAACGUAAAAAAGGGAUGAUGAAGAAACUUGCUGAGCUGUCCACUCUCUGUGACGUCAAGAUGUGUGCGGUUAUCUACAGUCCGUAUAACGCAGACCCUGAGGCUUGGCCAUCAAGAGAAGGCGCUGAGAAAGUGAUAUCAGAUUUUAUGGAGGUUCUGGUGGACGAUCGGAAUAAAAGGAUGUUGGAUCAAGAAGGUUUUCUGCGUAAGAGGAUUGCUAAGGAUGAAGCGAAAUUGCAAAAAUUGCGUACUGAGAACCAAAAUUUUGAGAUUCCAAAUUGUUUGUUUGGUUGUCUUAAAGGAGAGAUUGAUGUGCAUAAGCUUGGUGAAAAGGAUCUUCAGAAUUUAAGUUUUUUUGUUGAUACUUAUAUUGACAAGAUUACUUGCAGGAUGCAGAACCUUAUGGAGAAUGGUGAAUCUUCUUCUCGUUUACCCCCUUCUGUUGUUGUAGAUGCAGUUGCUGUCCCAGUUGGAGAUUAUGAUCACAUGAAUCAAAAUCAAAAUCAGCAGAAAUCGAUUCAACGCCAAAGUGAUUUUCUUAUUGAACUUUUUCGACAGAUUCCACAGAAAAUUCAUCAAUUCAAUAUGAAUGUGAAUCUGGAUUUGAAUCUGAAUCUGAAUCUGAAUUCGAACCAAAAUAUGAUUUUGGAUUUGAAUCAAAUUCCUAAUGUUGAAGAGGAUAUAGACCCCAUGGGCUCGAACCAUCACCAACCCAAAACUGAUGGUCUCGCUAGCAACGCUGCUGAUGUUCGUGCUCCUAACACCACCAACAAGUGACUUAGAGUUAAAAAGGGAGUUGUUUUUUCUUCUAAAUGAAUUAUUUAAU